AUGGCGGCGAAUGAUGAGGAAUUCACCUGCGAUUUCACGAUCCACGGCUAUUUCAAGCUGAGGCUGAAAAAGGGAAAAGUAAUACCACACUCGUUGCGUACACCGAUCAGCGUCGAGGAGUACAGCUACGACGAAGAGGAGGAGGAGGAGGACGAGUCGGAGUGGUCGUACUACACCGAGACCGAUGAAGAAGAGCCAGCAGCCCCUCAGCUUCAAGAAGCUUUUCCAAAGCUGAAGGACGAGAAGAAGAAGGAGGAUGACAAGAAGCCCGAGCAGGGUGGGCUAAAAGUCAAAGAUGAACCUCAGACUCCCCUUACGCCCCAGACUACCGCCACAUUCAGCCUUCCCACCCUAAAGAAAGAUCCGCCAAAGCUUGCACCGACUACCGUAAAGGAGGAUGAGGCGAGUGAAGAGGAUGAGGACGAAGAGUGGUCAGACGAAGAGUGGUCCUACUACACUGAUGAGGAAUCUGAAGAAGAAGUAGCACCAAUUGGCGAUUCCAAAAAAGACGAUGCCAAGUUCCCGAAGCUCAAAGACGCGACCGAGCCCGAAGUCGAGGUCAAGCUCGCCCUCCCCAAGAAGGACGAGAAGAAACCGCUGAAGCUCAAGGUUGAUGAGGAGCCCGAAGUCGACGCCGCUUUUUCCCUACCCGUGAAAAAGCCCGAGGCGAAGAAAGAUGAGCCAGAGUCGAGCUUCAGCUUCAAGCCCAAGACUGAGCCUGCGAAGCCAGCUGAGGCCCCAGACGAGGUCCCAUGUGAGGAGAUCGGAAAGCCGGCCGCCAAGAAGGAGCCGAAGAUUGCGUUCAAGGAACCGGAAAAAGCAGCUGCAAAGCCGGCAGCAAAGCCGGGUGAAGCUGCUUCAAAAGACCCAAAAACUGCUCUUACGACAAAGCCUGGAGAUCUGAAGAAACCGGAAGUGACCGGGACUACGGAGCCACUUGCCAAGCCGGCUUCAAAAGCUCCGUCCAAGCCAAGCUUCGAUGAGGAGAUUCCGUGCGAAGACUUGGGAGCUGAUCUCUUGUCUGAAGCUCCCAAGAAGCCGGAAGUAACUCCAAAGUUUAAGGCCCCUGGCGAGGAACCCAAGCCCGCAGCUGCAAAACCUGCUGCCAAGCCGGUGCCAAAACUAAAAACCGAGCCAGAAGCUGAUGCGACGCUGCCCUUGCCGAAGAAACCGGUGGCUGCCAAGCCUGCUACACCAGCGAAGCCGGGAGACAAGGAGGUUCCCGCUGAACCUCUUGGUGUCGCUCCAGCUAAGAAGGCUACGCCGCUGCCGCAGUUCAAAGAUCCGAGUGAGGAGUCGAAGCCUGUAGCCGCCAAGCCAGUCGCCAAGCCAGCUGCGCCAGCCAAGCCUGGAGACCAGGAAGUUCCGGCUGAGCCACUUGGAGGUCCACUGAAAAAGACGACGCCAGCUCCAAAAUUCAAGGACCCGAGUGAGGAACCUAAACCUUUGGCUGCAAAGCCUGCUGCUCCUGCGGCAAAGCCAUUAGCAAAGCCAGCUACGCCAGCCAAGCCUGGAGACAAGGAAGUUCCGGCUGAGACGCUGGGAGGUCCAGCAAAGAAAGUGACUCCUACGCCCAAGUUCAAGGAGCCGGGUGAGGAACCUGUGGCUGCGAAGCCAGCUGGUGCAGCUGCUAAGCCACUUGCCAAGCCUGCGACGCCAGCAAAACCAGGAGACAAGGAAGUCCCGGCUGAACCACUUGGUGCCCCAGCCAAGAAAGCGACGCCUACGCCGAAAUUCAAGGACCCAAGCGAGGCGCCUAAAGCAGCUGCUGUCAAGCCAGCUGUUGCUGCGGCAAAGCCACUAGCAAAGCCUGCAACACCAUCCAAGCCGGGAGAUUCUGAGGUUCCCGCUGAGCCACUUGGAUCGCCGCCGAAGAAGGUCACUCCAGUCCCAAAGUUCAAGGAUCCGAGCGCUGAAGAACCCAAGAAACCUGCAACUGCUGCACCGGUUAAGCCAGCUGCUGCAAAGCCGGUCGCUAAGCCAGCUACACCAGCUAAGCCCGGAGACUCUGAAAUCCCCGCUGAACCGCUGGGCUCGCCGCCGAAGAAGGUUACUCCGGCCCCGAAGUUCAAGGACCCGAUGAAGCCGGCUGUUGCCAAGCCGGGCGAUAGUGAAGCCCCAGCUGAUCUACUUGGGGGCCCCGCAGCGAAGAAACCGGUGCCCAAGUUCAAGGAUCCCAACGAUGAAGAGCCGGCUGAGGAAGUGAGCAUCCCAUUGCCUAAGAAACCGGUCGCACCGGUAACCAAAGCCCCAGUCAAGCCUGCGCCGAAAAAACCAGGAGACAGCGAAGACCCAGCUGACUUGCUUGUCAAACCUGCCGAAGAUGAUGAGGAACCAGAAGCCGACGCAACAGUACCCUUGCCCAAGAAAGCAGCGCCAAAGAAGAAGCCGAAGGACUCGGACGACCCGGCUGAUCUGGUUGAUGCUCCCGCCAAGAAAAAGCCCGCACCAAAGUUCAAGCCAGCGGAGGAUGAUGAGGAGCCGGAAACCGAUGCCACGAUUCCGUUGAAGCCGAAGAAGAAGGCCGCGCCCAAGAAAAAGGACCCAGAUGACGAGCCAGAAGACGAAGAAGCUGAUGAGGAUGAGGAAGAACCGGAAGAGGGAGAUGAAGAGGAACCGAUGGAAGAUGAGGAGGAGCCGGAAGAGAAGAAGAAGAAGCCGAAGGAGAAGAAAAAGAAGGAGCCCAAGCCGAAGAAGGAGAAGAAGCCGAAGGAGCCGAAGAAGCUCAAAUGGUGUCCGCCACCGAAGCCGCCGCCGGAGGCCAUUCCUUUGAACACCGAACCCUUGAUAAAAUCGAUUAUCGAACGGAAUCGGGAACCGGAUGCGGAGCGGCCGACGAAGAGAUAUUUGAGAAAACCGCAGCAUACCGACGUCGCAAUUCCAUUCGUCAUCCCGUGGGAGCAAACGCCAGCCCUGGAAACCCAAGCAGGAAUGGGUGCCUUUGGCCAACCACGAAUGGAAAAUGUCAAGGUUGACCAUGGCGAGAAGCCGUUGAAAGAGGGCGCCCUCAAGUCCGAGACCGUACUCCCGAUGUGGAACGAUGAGACCAAGUUUGCGCAUAGAACCGGCGAGAAUCCGUUUGGAUCUGUGCGAGGGAACUUGCCAGAUAUCGUGGAUCACCACGAGUAUAAAGUCAGCCCGGAGAAGAUGCGGUUAACAGAAGGCGUGAUCCCGUAUGUAAACCGGGGGAUCAAUGUUCAUCAAGGCGACAUACCCUCGUAUGGCCAGUUGAGGACACAGACGGGUAAUGUCGACUGGGCCAAGCUGAAACCUGGAAUGGACAAGAAAUCGAAUGGGUUCAUCUCGAAACAAUUCAAAUCUAACGCCACGACAAAGGCUGGAAGUAAUGUGAUGGAUCGGAGGCGGAAUGGGGCAACAUUCAUGGAAUAUGACAAGCAGAGCGAAUGCUUUAUCCCGAUAUUGUUCGACAAUCUGGGUUGCCAGAUGAAGGAAGGCGCGGAGUUUGGCUCGUUCCGCCCGAUGUACACCCCAUCGACCGGCGGCUGGCCAAUGUCGUGGGAUGAGGAGAAGAAGUGCCGGAUGGCUGUGCCUUUCCAAAUUUCCGGCCACCUCAACCUCCCGAAAGCCAAAAAGUCGCCGAUCACCAAGACGAUCACGAAAAAGCCCAAGAAACCUGUACAGAAAGCCAGGAAAGCC